GUUUUUCCGGAUCGAAGCAAGCCGUUCUGGUUACGUGGCCAAGGGGACGUUUCACAAACAUGGCGUCGCAGCAGAAUGAAGUGGAUGAGCUGUUCGAUGUGAAAAACGCGUUUUAUAUCGGCAGCUAUCAACACUGCAUUAACGAAGCCCAGAAAGUAAAGACGUCAAGUCCAGAAAAGGAUGUUGAGAGGAACAUUUUUCUGUACAGAGCAUAUAUUGCUCAGAGGAAGUAUGGUGUUGUACUGGAUGACAUAAAGCCCAGCUCCUCUGAGGAGCUGCAGGCUGUCAGGAUGUUUGCAGAGUACAUGUCCAAUGAAGGCAAGAGGGAUGCAAUAGUGGCAGAACUGGAUAAAAAGAUGGCCAAGAGUGUUGAUGUUUCCAACACCACCUUCCUGCUGAUGGCGGCUUCAAUCUAUCUGCAUGAGAUGAACACAGAUGCUGCAUUACGUACCCUGCACCAGGGAGACAGUCUGGAGUGCAUGGCCAUGACUGUCCAGAUACUUCUAAAGCUGGACAGAGUUGAUAUGGCAAGAAAGGAAUUAAAGAAGAUGCAAGACCAAGAUGAAGAUGCCACUCUGACCCAGCUCGCUACCGCUUGGGUCAACCUUGCAAUUGGGGGAGAGAAAUUGCAGGAUGCAUUCUAUAUCUUCCAGGAAAUGUCAGACAAGUACUCGCCCACACUGCUGCUGCUGAACGGUCAGGCUGCAAGUCACAUGGCUCAGAAUAAGUGGGAUGAGGCUGAGUCAGUACUACAGGAUGCUCUGGACAAAGACAGCAGCCACCCGGAGACACUCAUCAACCUCAUUGUGUUGACACAGCAUUUGGGCAAACCUCCUGAGGUGACAAAUCGAUAUUUGUCUCAACUGAAAGAUGCACAUAAGUCACAUCCAUUUAUUAAAGAAUAUCUUACUAAGGAGAAUGAAUUCGACAGGCUUGCCAUGCAGUACGCCCCCAGCGCCUGAAAGAGCUACGCAGUUUUAAUUUAUGUGUCCUACAAUGCGCCGCAAUAUUAUUUCCCCUCUUUACACCUUCUCAAUGCCUUUAAACAAAAUAAUAUUCAACUGUUUGAGAUUUGUAUUUGCUCUGUCUUUUUUGACAUGUCCAAAUGCUCUACAAACAUUCCUGUACUAUGGUUAAAUAAACAUGUUUAUCAUA